AUGACGAAAGAAGAAACAUCGCAGUCUUUUAACAAACGGUCUGUCAGUUUUAAGAAGAUCCUCGUGUUCUUAAUUUGGCUCACCACAGGCUCUGAGUACAAAACUGCGUCAGCAAGCAGGGCGUUAACAGUUCAGACUGGAGGAUCUCUUGUUAUUCCCUGUUAUUAUGACAGAUAUUACACAGAGUACAAGAAAUACUGGUGCUUUAAUGCCAAGGGAUAUUUUAAUUCCUGCUCUAUUCUGGCGUAUACUAAUGAAACCAAAGGAAAAGUGUCACUGACUGAUCAUCCAGAUCAGAGUUUCUUCACUGUUACUAUGAGGAACCUGCAGCAUGAAGACACUGGAGCUUACUGGUGUGCUGUGGAGAUUGAAGGAUUCUUUAAACUGGAUAAGAGAGAGCAGCUUCAUCUCACAGUUCAGUCAGCUCCUGAAGUGUCUGUGAUGAACAGCAGUGUAUCUGGACAUGAAAGUGGUGAUGUCAGUGUUCAGUGUUUCUACAGUUCUGAAUACAGGAAUACAGAGAAACGCUGGUGCAGAUAUAAAGAUCAGAUCUGUUAUGCAGUGGAGAGAUUCAACACAUCCCACAAUGCAUCAGUGCAGAUCAGGGAUGAUGGUGAAAGCUCCUUCACUGUGCUGAUGACUGGACUGAGACUCUCUGAUUCUGGAUGGUAUUCCUGUUGUGUAGGAGGAAAGGAGGCUUUAGUUCAGCUCACAGUCACUGAAGCCUCUUCAGAAAAUCAACAAGUCCUUAAAUUCACCAUAUCUCAAGCAAAAACAGAUUUGCUUAUGUACAGUGAUUGCAGAGCUUCAGGAAUGGGAUUCUAUGGCCAAGCAGCUGCAGCCAAGCUUUACAUCACUAAGUACAAUGCAGAGCCUGCCUUAGUGGUGUAA